CUUACCCGGUGUAAGUGAUAGGUUCAGGACUGAGAAAAGAACUGACAUGGAACACAAACUCCUUCUAACAGAAGGAGACAAAUCAAGUGAUUUUGAACACGCCCUGUUGGGGCCACGUUAAUAAUCCCACCGUUUGUUGUAUUAGGGGGCUGGACAGGAACGUAGCCAUCACGGGAUGACUAUGGCGGGACAGCGCUGUUCCCUGAAGCGUCUCCCCCCACCCACACCACGGGUCCCGCGUGUUCCCUCCGGGGCAGCCCCACGGCUCCGUUAAGGAAGGAGCGGAGCCGGAGCGCAGGACGCUGUUCGCCUCCUGGAGAGACAGCCGGGCCUCAAGCCGGGCGGCGGGAAAAGCCCUGCCCCGUGCGCCCCGGCUGCUGCACCGCUCCCCACGGCGGGGAGGGCGGGCAGAGCCCGGCGGCGGCGGCCGGGAGAAGGCGGAGGCAUGCGGCGGCGAGGCGGGGCGAGGCGGGAAGCGAAAGAGCCGCGGAGCUGCCCGGGGGAAGUUGCGAGAGCGGCGCGACCAUGGCUACGGUGCCGGUGGGCCCCGAUCCCGGCCCCGGCUCUGCCCCGACGCCGCUCAACCUCCACGCCGUGCCCAUGGUAGCGCUCAACUACGGCGUGCGGCGCCGCCUCGGCCUCUACCUCAACCCGCGGGUGGCGGCGGCCGCCGACUGGACGGCGCUGGCGGAGGAGCUGGGCUGCGAGUACCUGGAGAUCCGGCGGCUGGAGGCGCGGCCCGACCCCACCGCCGCCCUGCUGGAGGACUGGCAGUGCCGCUGCCCCGGCGGCGCCACCGUCGGCCGCCUCCUCGACAUCCUGCGCCGCCUGGGCCGCCACGACGUCCUCCUCGACCUGGCCGACAGCGUGGAGGAGGACUGUAAGAAGUACCUACAAAGGAAGCAGGAACAGGCCGACCAGCCGCUUCAAGUGCCAGCAGUAGACAGCAGCGUGCCGAAGACGUCAGAACUGAUGGGCAUCACCACCAGGGAUGAUCCGUACGGGAGUGGAACAGAGAUGUUUGAUGCCUUCAUCUGCUACUGUCAGAAAGACCUUCAGUUUGUCCAGGAGAUGAUCAGGGAGCUGGAACAAACGGAGUUCAAACUGAAACUCUGUGUAUUUGAUCGGGAUGUGUUGCCAGGAACGUGUGUGUGGUCCAUCAGCGGAGAACUUAUAGAAAAGAGGUGUCGGAGGAUGGUGGUCGUCAUUUCAGAUGAUUACCUGGAAAGUGAUGAAUGUGAUUUUCAGACCAAAUUUGCUCUUAGUCUUUCCCCAGUUGACGAGGCCUUCAUCACUCCCAUCAGCGCAAGCUGCCCUGCGCAUCCGAGAUGGGGCCCUGCUACGUAGUGGAGUGAAAUGUCCUCAGCAGAGGGUUUGGGAUUCAGAAACUUCCUUUCCAGGGUGACAGCUAGUGGAAUUAUAACGAGAUGACACAAAAUCGGGAGCAAACCUGGUUCUUGUGGUGUGUGUGCCCUGUGGGGAGAAAAUGGAUACGGGAUCUGACUGGCUCUGUGUAAUCCCCUGCCUGUGUGACCUGUCUUUCAGGCGCUCGUCUCAAACGGCUAAUUCCAGUCAAGUGCAAAACCAUGAAGAACGAGUUUCCAAGUAUCUUACGGUUCAUUACAAUUUGCGAUUACACCAAUCCAUGCACCAAAAAGUGGUUCUGGACGAGACUGGCAAAAUCCCUCAUGCUGCCGUGAUGCAGUGGUGAGAGCGAGGUGCUCUUCUGUAAUCUACCCCGGCUGUGCCUUUGGACCAUGGUAUCGUUCACGCAGGGUCUUCUACCACUUCAGAACCUGGAUCCUUGCAAUCAGUGUUUGGAGCCUGCGACCAAGAGCAAAGAAUUUUCUCUAGCACUUUUUUAUAACUAUUGCUAUAAAGCAACUGUGUGGAUGUUCCUGUUCAAGUCGGCAAGCAACAGCAUCCAGCGUUUUGUGUAGGAAGCACUUCCACUGAAAACAUAGAAAAUCUACGUGUAAAGACUGUCUAAUACAAGAAGGCUCUAUUGUAAGCAUUUAAUAUGACCUCAGAGCCUCAAACUGCAGGCUUUCCUACAUAUUUCCUAUUAUUUUAAAAGCUGUUUCAUGGCUACAGUAACAUCUAGGCUUGGUGGUUUUUUUAAAAUUCCAGUGAAAUCCCAUGGCUGCCUGGUGAUCUGCAGGCGCUGAGGUUAUAACUAAUGCAGAAUUACUGAGCUUGGUUUAUUUUCUGUGGAUGUUUUCCUCCUCAAAUUGUAUCACAAUAUUCCUGACCCAUGUUCAUUUACAGAGUGAAUCCCUUGUCACUUAUAUUUUCUGAGGCAGUCCCUCAGAUUUGCCCAAAGUGGUUCUUUUUUGCUCAUUGAAAGCCAGAACUGUAAGGAAGGACACACCCGUGUACCAUGUUGGUCAUCUCUGUUCAGGUGACGUUUGCUUAAGUGACCUUCUACUAGCAUUUUAUAUUCCCAGAUCUUAUACAAUGUUUAAAAUAGUCUUCCUUUACUAGAAAUUCAGUCUUAAAAUACAUAUUUUCAGCGCAACUCCUUACUACAUGAAGUGUGGGAUGCUGUUGCUUAUUGACUUGAACAGACCUGUGCACCUCAGUGGGUCCAGGUCUUAAACUCUUUCACCUUUAAGAAUCUUCCAAAACACAUCAGCUUUUGGGAUGCUUCAAAGGUACAGGGAUAAAUAUUGAAUAAAGAGUGUAUUAAAUUAUCAGUUGGGCUCUUUAAAAUAUAUAGGCCAAUGUUGCAUUAAUGGGAAAGAGCAUAUUUUAAUUAACCCCCAUGAUCAUUGAUAUAUUUCUGUGACUAAGGCUAGGAGCAACAUUGAUAUUUCUCUGCUUGUUAGACUCAGCCUUGAGUCCUGCAGAGUGACUGCUGGGUCUCCUCAGUUCUCAGUGCUUCUGCCCAAAGCAGCAUUUUAAAGCAACCCCUUGGUCUAUUAAACAGAUUUACAGUAAGUGUUUACUUUCUAAAUUUGGAAGAGAAGAAUCUCGUUUAUGUAUCUGCAAUUGCUUGAACUCUGCCACUUCGUUCGUUACUUCAGCCGCUGACUCAUGUUGAUUUUACGCCUUAAUGUUUUACUAGUUUACAUUUUUAAGGUUACAUCUGGAUGUGAUUUUUUUUUUUUUUAUUUAGGAUUUAAAGCAUUACCAGGCUGAGGUGCGGAUAGAAAUGUGUGCUCCUGCCUUUCCCUUGCCCACCCUAUCCUUGUCAGGGGCUGCUGCCAAGUCCUGCCCGUGAGCUGCUGCUGGUUCCUCCUGGCCAAGAGCGGCCCCUGACCUGAACACGGUGAAGCUUUUUUGUGCACCUCAGGUUAGCGUCAGGGGCCGUUUUUGGAUAUGGCCACAAGCUGGGUGUUUUUCAGUCCCUCCUACAAAUAUUAACUGCUGCCAUCGUGCCGAGGGGACAUUUGCAUCUUUCUGUCUUGCUAGAACAAGUGAGAAGUCUGUGAGCACAGGAGGAGGAAAGUUACGCUGAUGAUGGGUUUCUAAGUAGUUCAUCUUUGUAUCCUGUUGCCCUCAGGCCUCUCCUGCAGAAGCAGAGACAGCUGCUUGCCUCCGAGUUUCUGCAUAAUCGUUAAAUGUUAAUUAUGUAAGUGUUUCUAGAGGCUGCUUGAUCCCCAGGCGCUCCUGGGGCUCGGUGAAUUCUCAUACUCUGGAGUGUCUAUAAACAUUAAUUAUGGGUCAUUACUCAAAGGACCAAACCAGAUUCCUCUUGUUUCCAGAGCUGAAAGGCCUCUGGUAACUAAUUAGGGGGAGCACCGGCCCGGGAGCCGCGCUGCAGACGCUAGAGGGAGGCAGUGGCCCGUGCUGGGCCCUGCGAGGGAUCCUGCCCGCUGGGUGGGAUGGAGGAGACCAGGGAUGGACCAGCUGCGCCACGACCUGCUGUCACAGCCGGGCUCCGGGAUGGAGAGGAGAGGAGUAGGUUUUCUUGUGCCGCCUUCUAAGGAGGCUUUUGCGAAAAUAGAAUUUCAGCAGAUUGAAGCUCGUGCGGUGUCUCGUGCGCCAGUCCUGAUGCGUGGUUUGGGACUUGGGAUGUUGCAAAUGAGGAGAAAAUAAUAGCGAAAAUAAUGAUGUUUGUAGCAGAUGAUCUGGUGAUCACAGGGAAAGUGCUGCUUCUGCAAGGGAAAGCAAAAACAAGAGCUGAAUUUCUAAACCUUCUGACUUCCAGUAGGUAAAUCCGAUAUUCCAAAUAACUGUGAAAGAUGUCAGUGCUUCAGCAGGGUCUUGCAAUCGUCCCUGGCCCUUCUGUCCACCUGGCUUGGAUGCCGGGCAAGUAUUUCUGUUGCCGGACUGUUGCUUUAUUGGGAACAGUUACAAUCGUCUUGUAGGCCAAAAUAAUUAUUUUGGGGUGAGAUAACAGCCUUAAAACAUAAAAUAUGUGCUUUAAAUAUGUAUCCUCUUCUAUGUAAAAACCAGAGUUUAUGCACUUCUGACAUUUUCAUAGCUGUCUUGUCAUGGUGACUUGAUGAAGUGUGACAUCUAUGAAUGAUCUAAAAUCUAGUUAUUGUAAACACGUUUCAGUAGCAGUUGUGGUUUUUCUCCCCUCUUUCACGCUCAGUGGAAGGUCAAAAUUGUGAACACCUUUAAAAAAGGGAUUUACAAAAUUGUGAUGUUACUUUUUUUUUUCCAUUUUGUUUCAUUCCCUCACUGAAAUUGUCCUAGUUGAAUCUGUUCAUACCAAAUCAUUUAUUUUUAUAUAUAUACAUAUAUAUUUAUAUUACUUUCUAUCCUGAUACAAGUCUUUGGAAAAGUCUAUGUGUUUUAUAGCCAUUCUGAAAAUAGUCGAUAAGUCUGUGGCUUUUUCCUCCUCAAAAACCAAACUUUUGCUACUCGUGAAAACAUUUUAAAAUAAAGAAUUAAAACCCA